UGCUGUGGUAAAAUUUGUCUUUGACAUUGCUCUCCAUCCCUUGGCUAUGCGCCCGCAGCCUUUUUCUUUAUGCCGGACCCGUCGCAGGCGGCAUACCUGCUUACAAAAGGGAGCGGCCAAGGAACGGGAGAUUUUUGGUGAAUGAGGCUCUCGAGUUCCCAUGCCGCUCCUUUGUUUUCUUGACCAUAUUCUCUCUGCCAGCGAGGGACACCUUGUAUAUACAGGAGUAUUGUCCGAGAUCCUUCGGGCCCUCCUCUCGAGACUUUCUUUGCAUCCAAUCCGACGUUGCCGGAGACAACUCCGACAUGGCAGCCAUGAGCGUCUACUCAGAGGUGAAGAGGCUCCACACCUCCCUGCAGGAGUUGGUUGGCCUUCGCCGCAGGAAACGCCAGCUUCAAAUCUCCGAACCCUUCAACUUCAGAAAGGAAACUGCCGUCGUCCCCGGCCUGACAGAGGAUGAAAUCUCUGUCCUCCGCGAGAAAGCAGCCGCCUCCCGCCUCGGCAUAGCCCACCCGGACGACACCGACGACACCAUCCCCGUACCCGCCACCAUCCUCCCCCGUCCCGGCUCCCGAAGGCGGCUAUCCAGCCUGCCCCUCCACGCGUCGUCACCUCCUCCCCGUCUGUCCAUUCCCAUUCCCAUCCCCAUCCCCAACGCCAAUGGCAAGCGACAUGCCUUUGUCGGCUCGGCGGGAGGUUAUUCCUACUCCUCCCUGCGAAGCAGCCGCACCACGGGCAUGGCGCAGGGUAUGGGGCUGGACAGGGGGGAGAUGGUGCAGGUGGUGCUGGUGCCGGUGCCGGAAGGGGGCGGUGGGCCAGGCAUUACGAUGAGGCCGUCGGCGUCGGUGAACGACCUGGACCUGCUUCUGUUCGGAAACCCUUCCGGCGUGGGGAGAGACACAACCACAACCACAGCCGGGACCGGGACCGGGACCGGGAGUGCGUUGCUGCUGCUGUCGCCGGUGUCCGCUGCUGCCGCGAGCACGAGUGCGUCGUCGUCUGUCUCGAUCUCGCCUCUGGAUUUGACCUACGGCAGCAGUGGUGGCGGUGGCGGUGCUAGUACUGGGGCUACGAGUGUGACGGAGCGGAGCUCGGAUCUGAUGUUGGAGAUGGACUUUGAGUUCCAGCUGGGAAGUCCUGUGAGCCCGCUGUCGCCUUCCCCUGCUGGCAGCGUGGCCGUUGGGAAGAAAGGCUUACUUGUGAUGUGAGGUGAGAUCAGACAAGAGGAGCCAGGUUGCUUUUUUCCUUUUUUCUCAAAAAAACGGAAGUCAGAGGUCGGGUUACGGGAAAGGUGGUUAGUAGGUGUUUGGUAUCGUGUUUCCCAUCUCUCUCCCACUCUUUCGCUCAUGGGGGCUUGUGAAGCGCUUUCCUA